GCCCCUUAGGAGUCAUGAAUAAUGCUUUGAACACCAUUUUUUUUAAUUACGAAAAAUUCUGGAAACAUUAGAUGCUGGUGCAAUAUACAAUAUACGGAGUAGUACGGAAUACGAGAUGUAAUUAAUCUAAACCACGUUGUCAAACAACACAAAAUGCACCAAAUCAACAUUUCCAAGAAUAUUACCAAAAAAUUGCCAAUAAUAAAAAACAUAAUAAUAGAAAUAUCUGCAUUAAUUAAAGUAUAAUUCUCCGUACUUCGUAUUUCUUUACUUGCUUUUUUUUUUUUUUUUUUUUUUUUUUUUUUUUUUAAAGGCAAUUACUUGCUUGUUCUGCUCUGCUCUAAACCAGCUAAACCUCUGUCAAAGAAACUUUCCCCUGUUUUCCUUACUCUGAAGCCACCUUCCCAUUCUCACUCUUCUCUUUCUUCCCCUCCAAAUAUUCAAUGCACAUUCAUCUUUCUUUCAAACAAAAACCUCUUUUCUCUCUCUUUUGAAUUUUAAAAGUACAAAAAGAUGCUAAAAAACCAAGCUUUUUGAAGCUUCAUCAAUGGCGGAAACCAGUAAGAAAAACCCAGAAGAAAUUGCAAUUCCUAUUUCACCUCUAACAAAUGAGCAAUCUCCCAAAAAGGGUUUUCAAAACAAUGAAAAUGAAGCAAAACCCACAAAUCAUUCCCCUCAAUCUCAAGAAAUUUCCAAUUUUAGCCCUAGCCCUAGAAAACCCCCAUUAUACCCAACCCCAGAAUCACCCUUAAGAAGAAGAAUUACAUUUAAGGAGAAAACCAGAUUUGGGGAACCUUCAGUUCCUCUUGACUCACAAACCCUUGAAAUUUUGGGGGGUUCUCCUCGAUUUUCGAACCAACAAUCUUUCUCAGAGAAGACUCCUAAAGCUUCAGAAGCUUCUGGAAGGAAGGAGAAGGAGAAACAGAAGGAUGUGGGCCCAGAUGAGAGGGAAAUUUACAAGAGGGUAACUGCUCAGCUAAGUGCUAAAAAGAGUUGGAGGAUGACUAUAAAAUUGGUACUUGAAAUGAUUGUUUUCUUGUUGAUCUUGGGUUGUUUGAUUUGUAGUUUAAUUGUUGAUAAAUUUAAGGGUAAAUUAUUUUGUGGGUUAGAAGUUUGGAAAUGGUUUGCACUUUUAAUGGCUAUAUUUUCUGGUAUGUUGGUAACUGGAUGGUUUGUGCAUUGCAUUGUGUUUUUGAUUGAAUGGAAGUUUUUAUUGAAGAAGAAUGUGGUGUAUUUUACUCAUGGGUUACAGGAUACUGUUGUGGUUGUUAUUUGGAUUGCUGUGGUUCUUGUUACUUGGGUUGUGUUGUUUAAGCAUGAUUCCGAUUCUGCCCCAAAAUUGACCGCGAAAACAAAGAGAAAACUCGAUUUCAUUACUUGGACUUUAGCUUCAUUGCUAAUUGGGUCGGUUUUGUGGUUGGUUAAGACUACAUUGAUAAAGAUAUUAGCAUCAUCUUUUCAUUUGAAUAGGUUUUUUGAUAGGAUUCAGGAGGCUGUGUUUCAUCAUUAUGUGCUACAAACUCUCUCAGGGCGUCCUGUGGUUGAGUUGGCUAGUAAUUUUAGUAGGUCGGAUAGUCGUGGUACUCAGGUGAGCUUUAGGGCGCAUACGGGUAAUCAUAUGGAGAAUAAGGUAGUUGAUUGGGAGAAGAUUCAUCAAAUGAAGAGGGAGAAAGUGCCUUCUUGGACUAUGAAGUUGUUGGUUGAUGUGAUAUCCAAUUCAGGGUUAUCGACGAUGUCUGGUAUUUUCAAACAAGAUGUGGUUGAAGGAGGGGUUGAAUUGGAUGAUGAUGAAAUUACGUGCGAGGAGGAGGCUAUAGCAACUGCUGUUAGGAUAUUCUACAAUGUGAUUGGUGACAAGACUGACAACAAUGAUUUCUACAUUGAUAGAGGUGACCUCCACAGGUUCAUGAUUUGGGAAGAGGUGGAUGUCGUUUAUCCAUUAUUUGAAGUUAAUGAAAAAAAACAGAUUGAUAUGAAGGCUUUUUCUAAGUGGGUGGUAAAUGUCUUCAAAGAUCGACAGGCACUCAAACAUGCUUUGAAUGACAACAAGACUGCUGUGGAUGAGUUCAAUAAGCUACUAAAUGGACUUCUGAUUAUUAUAAUCACUGUACUCUGGCUUCUCCUGACAGAGGUCCUUACGACAAAGAUACUUCUCUUCUUCUCUUCCCAGCUUCUCGUAGCAGUUUUUGUGUUCGGGAACACUUGCAAGACUGUUUUUGAGGCACUUAUAUUUGUUUUUGUUAUGCAUCCAUUUGAUGUUGGGGAUCGCUGUGUCAUUGAUGGAACACUGAUGAUUGUUGAAGAGAUGAAUAUCUUAACAACGGUAUUCUUGAAAUUGGACAGGGAAAAGGUAUAUUAUCCAAAUGCACUUUUAUCUACUAAAUCCAUUGGCAACUAUUACAGGAGUCCAGAUCAGGGAGAUACUUUGGAGUUUGCAAUCGAUUAUAGAACACCACUGCCAAAGAUUGCAGAACUGAAAGAAAGAAUUAAGCAGUAUGUGGAGAAAACUUCGCACUAUUGGCACCCUGAACACAGUAUGGUUGUUAAAGAGAUCGAGAAUAUAAAUAAGAUAAAGAUGGCUGUCUAUGUGACUCAUACAAUGAACUUUCAAGACAUUGUUGAGAAGAGCAAACGAAGAACUGAAUUUUUCUUGGAAAUGAAGAGCAUAUUUGACGACCUUGAAAUAUCUUACCAAUUAUUGCCUCAAGAGAUUCAUCUUACUAAAGCAGUCCAAAAUAUCUAAUUUGGUAGGUGAAGACUCAAGGAGUUCAUUUGGCCGUCUGUACUGCAAGACCAUGGUUCAUGGGUGUUCAAUAUCACAACAGAAGCUUCUGUGUUCGUUCGAGAAAGCUGCUGUCAAGUGACCCUGGUGCAUUAUCAACACAUUGUUUAGUGUUUAUGCCCUUAUGGGUGUCUAAUUAUCAAAAUUGCAACUUUGCAGCUAAAAAAAAUUGGAGGUAGUAUAAUUCUUAUUGCUCUGCUCUCCCUCGGCUUUCCCUUUUCGAUUAUGUGAUGGGGUUGUGCAUGUGGAUUUACGAAUAAACUCGAUGCUAAUCUAGGAAAUCAGAUGUAAAUUGUUUCUCCUGCUCUAAGUUUCAUCAUUUAAUAAUGUGAUUCAAUUUGUAAAACUGCUUUGUGAUGUUACCUUAAAAGGCAAAAGUACACUUAUUAUAUACUUUUGCACCA